CUAAACCCCUUGAAAGAAAAACCCAAAACCCCAACCCAUUUCAAGAACCAAUAAAACGAACUGCAAGAAUGCCGUUACUUGACGGAACGGAUCAGCUCCGGUGGUCGGACGUGGUGGAAGAACAAGAGAAUGAAAAAGACCUGAAACUUCUGCUACCUCCACGCCAAGUAAUCGGACCAGACAAGAACGGUCUGAAAAAGGUGAUAGAGUACAAGUUCAAUGAUAAAGGACAGAAAGUUAGAAUUACCACAACAACACGUCUUCGUAAGACUUGGCUUACUAAAGGUGCUUUAGAGAGGCGUUCAUGGCCUCGGUUUGGUGAUGCUGUUAACGAUAACGUGGGGGGUACGAGUAGUAGUCGUCUUCUUACUACGGUUUCUAGUGAGGAGAUUUUUCUUCAAAGACCCAAGUCUAAAGGAACUAAAGCAGAGGAAACUGAGACAUCAGGAGAAUCUCUGUCUCUGCUUGCAAACAAAAAUGGUGUUCUUAUGGUAUGUAGGACUUGUUGCAAGAAAGGUGAUCACUGGACAUCGAAGUGCCCUUACAAGGAUGUUAAACCACAGCUAGAAGGCCCUACUAGCAGACCUCCUUCAGCAGACAACAGUGCUGCUUCUUCAAUCACCGCAAUGAACAGCAAAUAUAUUCCACCAAGCAUGAGAGCAGGCGCACAACGAAGCAGCAAUGAUAAAUUUAAUAUGAAGCGUAGGAAUGAUGAGAAUACUGUGAGGGUUAGCUGUAUUUCAGAGAACACUUCUGAAGCUGACUUGGUUGAUCUCUUUAGCCCAUUUGGACAAGUAUCUCGCGUGUUUCUGUUAACUGACCGCCAUACUGGUUUGAAUAGAGGUUCAGGAUUUGUCAGUUUUGUCAACAAGGAAGAUGCUGAGAGAGCAAUCAACAAGCUUGAUGGGUAUGGCUAUGACAAUCUCAUUCUUCAUGUGGAAAAGUAUAAUCGAGAUGGAUCUAAAAGCAGCCCCAAUAAAUCGAAGUUCUAGAAAAUCAUAGUUAAAAAGUGUUGACAUCGAAAUGAUAUUUACUUUUAA